GAAGGGCAUAUAUCGUCUCCAGCCUUCAAAACAGACGCCAAAACAGACGACGACGACGACGACCACCACCACCACUCUUAACUCUAAACGAUUGAACCGGUUAAUUCGCCGGCGAUCUUAUCAGAAUGAGUAACGCGCUUCUCGACAUCGACCCUAUCGACCUUCAAUUCCCUUUUGAAUUGAAGAAACUGAUCUCCUGCUCUCUGUAUUUGGCUAACAAGACGGACAAUUAUGUGGCCUUCAAGGUUAAAACGACGAAUCCAAAGAAGUAUUGUGUGAGGCCUAACACUGGCGUUGUUCAUCCGAGAUCCUCUUCUGAAGUUCUUGUGACCAUGCAAGCGCAAAAGGAAGCUCCUGCUGAUUUGCAGUGCAAGGACAAGUUCUUGCUUCAAUGUGUUGUGGCUACUCCCGCUGUCACUCCCAAGGACGUUACUCCUGAGAUGUUUAGCAAAGAGGCAGGGCAUCGAGUUGAGGAGACUAAAUUGAGAGUUGUCUAUGUUGAUCCACCACGACCACCUUCACCCGUUCAUGAAGGAUCAGAAGAGGGCUCUUCGCCAAGAGCUUCUGUCUCCGACAAUGGGAACAACGCUUCUGACUUUACUGCUGCUCCAAGAUUUAGCGUCAACAGGCUUGAACCUCAGGAUAACCCUUCUGAGGCGAGAGCGCUCAUCACGAGGCUCACCGAGGAAAAGAACUCUGCGGUUCAACUGAACAACAGACUUCAACAAGAAUUGGAGCAGUUGAAGCGUGGAAGCAAUAGAAGUCAGAGUGGUGGUGGAAUCCCGUUCCUGUACGUUCUCCUAGUGGGACUUAUCGGUCUAAUCUUGGGAUACAUUAUGAAGAGGACAUGAUCGCGCUGGAAAAACUAUAUACCACAAACCCACAUCAAAAAGUGGCUUCGGCAAAAUCAAAACUGUGUCAGAAUGACAUUCAGUCCUGUCUUAUCGUCGUCAUUUCACCUUUGGUUUUGAAUCUUAAACCUAGUUGCGUUAGAGGAUUGAUUGUGUUACGGUUUUCGUUAGACUUGGAAUUUUCUUCCUCUUUUUCAACUUUUGUAAUCCGAAAGACAUUUUGUUUC